UGUCUUUCAGAAUAAACCUAAAAAUCGAAACAAAGGGGUCCAAAAUCCAAAAUUUGCGAAAUGUCGGAGACAAAGGCCGAGAGUAAGAGCAAAAACCCUAAAAAGGCCAAUCUGUCAGAUCACAGCUCCAUCAAGCACCUUCUCGACGAGUCUGUCUCCGAGAUUGUUAAGAGCCGCGGAUAUGUGGAGAAUACGAGGUUAAGUAACUUGAAGUUGUUGAUUGGAGCCAUUGUCAUAAUCAUUGCUCUAUUUGCUCAGUUCUACAACAAGAAAUUUCCAGAGAACCGAGACUUCCUGAUUGGAUGCAUUGCAUCGUAUAUCAUCGUCAAUGGGAUAUUACAGGUGGUUUCAUACACUAAGGAGAAAAAUGCAAUCUUGUUCACUCAUCCUCCUGUGGGAGCCUUCAGCACUGGGUUGGUGGUGUCUUCCAAAUUACCAAGAUUUUCUGACUUGUACACACUUACAGUAGCAAGUGCAGAUCCAAAAUCGAUAUCUGCAAACAAACCGGUGGAAUUCACGAAGAGUGUUACUCAGUGGUUUACCAAGGAUGGAGUAUUGGUGGAAGGCCUGUUCUGGAAGGAAGUAGAUGGACUGAUAAACGAUUAUGCAAGAGAACCCAAGAAGAGCAAGUGAAUUUCGGCUUUGCGGAGACCCAAUCUGAUUCAGUUCUCUUACAGAAUGAACUCUUUAAAGUAUUGUGAUUUUUGCAUAAAAUGUUGGUAGCCACAAUGAAUUUGAAAGACAGUGUACUCCAUCAUUUAUACUGAACACUGGGGUUCCAAACCUAUUUAGUAUGUAGACCUUUCAAUUUGACUCCAGAUUGACUACUUUUCUAAUUACUGUGGGUCAGAGUGACUCCAUCCUUUACAA